AAAAAAAAAAAAAAAAACAAAAAACAAAAAAAAAAAAAACCUAGUUUUGUUUUGAAGGGGAAGGGUCUGGAAAAGCUGUUGCUGUUUGCAAAAGAUAAAAUAUAAUGCCCAGGAGUGAACGCACCACCACCAAGUAUACACGAGUGAAUUUACAGGGCUGAUAUGCUGGGUGGAACAUUCAGAACCGAACCCUUCCAAGCAUCUUAUCCUCUAUGUCCUGCAGCCUGAAUCCCCUUCCUCUGUCCUUCUAGUGCCAAGCCAUCCUGUUCCUCUAGGCGAGUGGCUCUCAACCUUCCUAAUGUGACCCUUUAAUACAGUUCCUCAUGUCUGGCAACCAUAAACUGUUGCUUCAUCCCGACUGGUCUAGGUCUAAGGUGGUGCAAGGGUGGGAACCUGGGUGCGUCUGCGGAUUCAGUUUUUGCACUCGGACGGACGCUAGGGAGCAAUGGUGUUCCAUUUGGUGCCCAGAUGUUCUGCAAGGCUCUUCUGGGCGUCAUCAGGAUGGAGGAGGACCUACAUUCAGGGAGCCUCAGUGGGGCUGAAGUAUCUGGGUUGCCCUCGGGAUACGUACAGCCCCUUGGCUUGCAGAGGGUACUCCUCCGUCUCCGGCAGCCCUGAGGUGAUGCUGACCCCUGAGCGAUACCCAGUGCAACGGCUGCCAUUUUCCACUGUGUCUGAGGAGGACCUGGCUGCCUUUGAACGCAUCAUACCUGGCAGAGUGAUCACAGACCCUGAGCAGCUGGAGGCAUGCAAUGUGGACUGGCUGAGGAGUGUCCGGGGCUGUAGUAAAGUGUUGCUGAGGCCCCAGACCACCGAGGAAGUGUCCCAGAUUCUUAGCCAUUGCCAUAAGAGAAACUUGGCUGUGAACCCCCAAGGGGGAAACACUGGCAUGGUGGGGGGCAGUGUCCCCGUCUUUGAUGAAAUCAUCCUGUCCACUGCCCUCAUGAACCAAGUCAUCAGCUUUCAUGAUAUAUCCGGAAUUCUGGUCUGCCAGGCAGGCUGUGUGCUGGAGGAGCUGAGUCAGUAUUUGCAGGAGCGGGACUUCAUCAUGCCCCUGGACUUGGGAGCCAAGGGCAGCUGCCACAUUGGGGGUAAUGUGGCAACCAACGCUGGCGGUCUGCGCUUUCUGCGUUAUGGCUCACUUCGAGGGACUGUCCUGGGCCUGGAAGUGGUACUUGCUGAUGGGACCAUCCUGAACUGCCUGACCUCCCUGAGGAAGGAUAACACAGGCUAUGACCUGAAGCAGCUGUUCAUUGGGUCAGAGGGCACCCUGGGAAUCAUCACAGCUGUGUCCAUCUUGUGCCCACCCAGGCCCAAGGCUGUGAAUGUGGCUUUCCUCGGUUGCCCUGGAUUUGCCGAGGUUCUACAGACAUUCAGCACCUGCAAGGGGAUGCUGGGCGAGAUCCUGUCUGCAUUUGAGUUCAUGGAUGCCGAAUGCAUGCAGUUGGUGGGACAGCACCUCCACCUGACCAACCCGGUACAAGAGAGUCCAUUCUAUGUCCUUGUGGAGACCUCAGGCUCCAGUGCAGGACAUGAUACUGAGAAGCUGACCAGCGUUCUGGAGCAGGUGCUGAACUCUGGCCUGGUGAGCGACGGCACCAUUGCCACGGACCAGAGGAAAGUCCAGAUGCUGUGGGCCCUGCGGGAGAGGAUCACAGAGGCGCUCAGCCGUGACGGCUACGUGUUCAAGUAUGACAUAUCCCUCCCGGUAGAACGGCUCUAUGACCUCGUGAUCGACCUGCGCACCCGCGUUGGCCCUCGUGCCAAACAUGUGGUGGGAUACGGGCACUUGGGGGAUGGUAACCUUCACCUGAAUGUGACAGCAGAGGCCUUUAGUCAGGAGCUGCUCGGUGCCUUGGAGCCCUACGUGUAUGCCUGGACAGCGGAGCAGCGGGGCAGUGUCAGCGCCGAGCAUGGCCUAGGCUUCAAAAAGAAGAACGUCCUCGGCUACAGCAAGCCGCCUGUGGCUGUGAAGAUGAUGCAACAGCUCAAGGUCCUGCUGGACCCCAAAGGCAUCCUGAACCCCUAUAAGACUCUGCCCGCUCAGGCCUAAUCUUGUUGCUGCAAGACGCCGGGACCUCGGGCACGGCAGGGUUGAUAGGCCUUGUGGCCUGCCAUCUGAUGACACCUGCAACAGACCAGGUGUCACUGGCUAGCCGGGAGCCAACUCUGAGGACCCUCUGGACUGGGCUGCCUUUCUGUGAGUUGAGCAGAGUAGACAGAGCCGCCUGGUCCCUUCUCUAGUCUCCUGCCAGCUUGUUGUGGAUAGACUAAGUGGGCAGGCAGUUUCUCCACUCCCAAACAGGCCGGCUCUCACCUGCUUUGUGGUGGCUGGUGGAGACCGCCUUGCUGCAGCUCCGGGAGGAGUGUGGUGUGAUCUCUUCACCGAAUGGAUCCCUGUGUGAUGUGUGUGCCCUGUGAGGGCUGCAGGCUAGUUGUCCAGCCCCAGAUCAGUUACCAUUAUGAUGUAGAAUGCCACACGACUCAUCCACAUGGAGCUGAGUGGAAUCUUCUGUCUUACCAAGCAGGUCUUGGGUUGGCAACUGAUCAGGCAGACCAUAUGUCUUGUUUUGGUUUUUUUUUUUUUGUUUUUUGUUUUGUUUUGUUUGUUUCGUUUAGCCCUGACUAUCCUGAACUUACUAUGUAGGCCAGACUGAUCUUUCUGUCAGAGAUCCUCCUGCCCGUGCCUCUGCCUCCUGAGUGCUGGGAUUAAAGGCCAGUGCCACUGCACCCGGCUUACCUCGUUCCUGAAGGCCUGUCUGGUUGGUAAGCAGGUGUGGUGGGCUGUGAGUGCUUGCAGAACUUACUGGCAGGGGACAAUCUCCAGACUGAAGUGAUAGAGGCGACUUUCAGUCCUGGGCCUACCCUGUGGCCUACACCUGCCCUCCAGGACUUUGGCCGUUCUCCUGGCCUAGAUUCCUGGCAAUCUGGGAGGUCGAACACACCUAUCUCCUCUUUGCUAUCGUUAAUUUCCAGAAAAGAAAACUUUGAAUUAUAACCUGCUGCUGGAAAGUCAUUUACAUAAACUCAGUUGUAAAGUUCUGGCUUACAACACCCCUCCCUCCGCACAUUUGGUGCUCUCUGGGUUCCCAGUGUGUCUUCACAUGUGGAUUGGGAAGUAAACGUGGUGGUGGUGGUGGUGAUGGGUAUUGGAGGAGGAAAAGGCUGCAGCCGCCCUGCCCUUUAGCGUGGUUCAAAUAGGUCCAGUGAAUGUGGGGUCCCAAAGCAGGUGUGUGCUAAGCCCUUCUGGUUGGUGCCAACCUUACUCUUGCUCCUGCUGGGCAUUUGUUUGUGGAGUUCACAGGGUGAGGGGUGGGCCAAGGGGCUGUGGUUUUCUCCUCUUGAGUUGCUAUGUGAUGUUCCCUUUGAUUCUUCCAUCCCUGGGGAAGGGUCACUUCUUAAAACCCUAUAGCUUUCCCUUUUGUGUCUUGAAGUCAGUACAUUUUGACGUGAGUGGCAUCUAAGAGUUGAUGAAAUACAGCAUGGUCGGUGUAGCAGUGUGUACCCGGAAGACAAGCUAUCCAGGGUUGUGUUAGCACUGACUGCUCAGACAAGGGAACAACAGCGAGUUCUACCCAUGUCAAAAGCUAGCUGGAAAAUGAACUUGCUUCUGAG